AUGGCGCGUUCGUGGCUUGAUAUUGACCCCUCCAGCGACUUUUCGCUAGCCAACAUCCCCUUUGGUAUCAUCGACACUCCCGAGGACGUUACACGCCAUGUGGGUGUAGCCAUUGGCAGCUACGUUCUCGACCUUAAAGAGUUGGCUCAUCGGAUCGGCGCAAAUAACCUAUUGCCAUUUGGUGCACACUCUACCCCAGGAGUCUUUGAGACGCGCACACUCAAUGCCUUUGCGAAGCUGGGGAGAUCGGUCCAUCGUCAUGUCCGAGAAAGAAUCCAGGAUCUUUUAGUCAGAAUGUUCCUUCCCAUGGACAUUGGUGAUUAUACCGACUUUUACGCCGGCUACCAUCAUGCCUACGCCGUAGGUGUCAUGUUCCGCGGCCCGGCAAACGCUUUGCAACCAAACUACACCCACUUGCCCGUUGGAUAUCACGGAAGAGCCUCCAGCAUCGUCGUCUCAGGCACACCAGUGCGUCGCCCCGUCGGCCAGAUCCUACUGGACCCCAAAGCUGAGCCCAAGCAGCCAACUGUGGCACCCAGUCGAAAGCUAGACAUUGAGCUUGAGCUGGGCUGCUUCAUCACCAAAUCAAACGACCUGGGCCAUCCAGUCAGCAUUGACGAGGCAGAGAAGCACGUGUUUGGCUACGUUCUCUUGAACGAUUGGAGCGCGAGAGACAUCCAAACUUGGGAGUACGUCCCGCUGGGCCCAUUCAAUGGCAAGAACUUUACCACGACCAUCAGCCCCUGGGUUGUGCUUGCGGAUGCGCUGGAACCGUUCAAGACCAAGGGAAUCGAGAACCCGACGCCGCUGCAGGAUUACCUCAAGGAGAAGAGAGAGGAAACCGUCUUUGAUAUCCAACUAGAGGUGGACCUGACAACUCCGGACGGUAACACAACCACCAUUACCAAGACCAACGGAAAGAAUCUCAUGUGGUCGUUCCCUCAAAUGAUCGCCCACCAUACUCUUGGAGGAUGCCCGCUGCGGAAAGGUGACCUUUUAGGAUCGGGAACCAUCAGUGGACCGGUGCCAGAAGAGAGCGGUAGUCUGCUUGAGUUGAGCGAGGGCGGCAAGCGGGUUAUCCAGCUCAAUGGCGGCGAAGGUCGCACGUUCCUCAAGGAUGGAGAUACUGUCACCUUCCGUGGUUUUUGUGUAGGCAAGGAGGGCGAAAGGGUCGGCUUUGGCGAGUGUACCGGACGAGUGGAAGGCGCCUAG